AUGCUUGAUCGAAGUUCAGAUAUCUUACAGAAUUCAGCUUCCAAAUUGCAGCAAUCAUCUCAUCCAUCACCUCCCAGUCUUCCUGGUGCCCCUUUAUCCGAAGAACAACUGCAAUAUCAACAACAGAGACAUCAAAAUGGUCAAGUCUUGAAGCCAAAGUCAAAACGCUCAUCUAAGGGAAGAGUCUUCCAGUGUACUGGUUAUCCCGGUUGUAAUAUGUCAUUCACUAGAUCUGAACAUUUGGCUAGACAUAAAAGAAAGCAUACUGGGGAAAGACCCUUCACUUGUCCUUAUUGUUCCAAAAACUUCUCUAGACUAGACAACUUGAGACAACAUAAACAAACGGUUCAUGCUUAUGAAUCAUUUGUUAAGAAAGAAGACGAAAAUAGUCAUAGUCACAACGGAAACUCCAACCCUGUAACUCCCAGCAAUGCUAUGUUUCAUCAACAACAACAUCUUCAUCCACAUACUCAUCAACAUCAGCAUCAGCAUCAACACCAUCCUCAUCACGCUAUUCACUCAGCACCUCAAAGUGCUUCAGUUUCUUCAGCAACAGUCUCAUCUACAACAUCAUCUAUGAUCUCACCUCCAAAUCUGCAAUCUCCUCACUACCACCUACGUCCUUAUUCAUCAUAUGAUCAAUCGUCUACAACAUCAAAUGGCUCUAAUGCAUCUACAGGUAAUGGUUCAACUGGCAUGCCAUUAUUGAAAUUACCAAAUCAUGAAUUCAAACCAAAAAGAAGGCCAAGACCUUUAUCCUUACUGCACUCGUUUGUUAAAGAUUCAACUGAUUCAAAAGAUGCAACAACACCAAUAAUUUUGAGUGGUGAUUUGAAAUCAGCACCAAUAUCAUAUCAUGAUGGUCAAUCAGGAAAUGGUACACCAUCAUCAGCUACGUCAACUUUUUAUUCAUAUCCUCCAUUAUCAGCAAGCGCUGCAUAUCCUCCCAAAUCAUUGAUCUCAUUAACACCCAACUUGGUAAGUCCUUUAUCCCCAUUAUUCCAUCAAUCAUUUAGUCAAACAAUCAAGGGUUCAUCUACCAGCAGUACUUCUCCAUCCUUAUUACAUCCAUCUUCUAUACCACAUCAUAUUCAUCCUCAAUCCCACCAUUUUUCCUUGCCACAUCACCAACUACAAGGCCCAACCUCUACUAGCAACAGUGGUUCGACCAUCACGCACAGUAUGUUGCCACCAAUCGCUCAAGUUAGGCAGCAACAAAAAUCACCGCAGAGUAAAGAGACUUCCAAAUUAUGGUUAAAGGGGGUAUUAAACAACGAAAGCAAUACUUCUUCCGAAACUAUAACUGCAACUACAUUACCUAUAAUACCAUCGGUAUCUGCAGCCAGUCCAUCGUUAUCUUCAGAUUCAUCAUCGUCAAGUAUAACAGAUGCUCCUUCUAUUGAAAAUAACGAAACUGGAGGUGAAGCUGUUGCUACGAAUUCUUCUGUUAGUGAUUUAACAAAGGAAGAACCCAAACAACUAUCUAAGAAGCCAACCAUAAACAGUCUAUUAUCACCUAAUUAA